CCUUUUCUUUUUUUAACGAUAUUAUGUUUAGGGUGCUACUUUGAGCAACGUUAAACCUAUUCGUAGUCGAUUGCUAAGAGACUAACCGCAGACAUGCCAUUGAUAGAUAUUUAAUAGGUUUAUGAACCGUAGCUGCAACUGGUACUUUUGUUACUAACGUGUUCGUGUUAGAUAUUAUCUUCAUUCGCUGCUAUUUACCCCAUUUCUCAGCAAUUAUGCGCUAUUUUUAAGCGAAAACUUGGACAUACUGAGGAUACAUGACAGUCUGUGUAUCAGCACGGCUAGCUUUAAUCAAAAACAAUGAUGUUUCUGCUAUUGUGUUACGAAAAUUACUUUUCUAAACACUUUUCGAUAGCGAAUAAUCAUUUGCAUAAACAUAUAAACAUGGAUACGUACACCACCUUUGCAAAUAUUAAAAAAUCUUAUAUAAUACACGUUAAUUGGCACGGAUCAUCAAGAAAACGAUUAAUAAGUACUUGGCGAAUUUUUUAGCAGAUUCCUAGAUAAAUUAUUAAAAUUAGAUAAAGUGGUGUACAAUACCCGCUUGUUGCGAUGGUCAGGUCUAAUAUAUUGUCAGGACGAUCAGAUAUGAGGGUGGAUGUUUGAAAUUGGCACGUGCGAAUUUUCGCGUAAGCGGUGGCUCCUCAGUGCGCGGCUACCGUAGCGAUUUUGAACAGCGAAGGAGACAGUGGAGCGUCCAAACAUCCGCUUGUCGAUCAUAAGUGAUCGUAAUGCGUAUCCGUUCAUUCAUCUCUUUCGUUUUUCACCCGUGAAUGCUAUCCUUUCUUUUUCCCCGCUUGCAGAGUAAUACACAAAGCGAGUCAGAAGCUGAUCUAGGUGCACUUCAUCCAGCCACGUUCCCUUACGACGUCAGCAAGAGUCAAAAUGUUGAGAUCGCAUGGCCGGGACAAUUCAUGGGCUCGGUGCUAAGCGCGAUAUGCUAUUCUUGUUUCGACACGUUUCUUGCGGUUCUCGUGUUAUACUUGUGCGGUCAAUUAACUGUUCUUAGGAUGGCUCUCGAGGAUCCAACUAACGUGACAAAGCAGAAUAAUUACGCAAGCUUCUAUGAGCGACUGGAAUUCAUUGUGAACCAGGACAAUCAGUUGCCUAGGUUGGUAGAAGCGAUUUAUCAGUACGCUAAAAAUGUUUGCGCGAAUUAAGAAAUGAAUAUUAGAAAGAUAUUUCUUUCGCAAUCCAAUUAGUGAAAGGAGAUUAUUCCAAAAAAAAAAAAGAAAGAAAAUAGGAAAUGUUAGUCGAUUUAUCAGAUCGAAAAAUCGUUUAGGAUAUAACUAGUAAACAAAUUUAAAGAAGCGUUUAUUCC